UUGAUGCCGUCCUUCGGCCAGUAGACUUCUGGCGGUCACACGCCGCACGUUUUUAUCUUGCUUUUUUUUAAACCGCCAGCACAAUGUGGUUGUUGAUGAGCUCGGGACCACCUUAAAGAGCACCUUCCUCUGAUCCACAUUACAGGUGGAUCAUAUAGAUCUAUCGCAUGUGCGGAGAGGGAAGUUUACCUCCACCGACCCGAGGCUAGAGGCGGAUAAUACAACGGCAGUUUAUACGUCAUGAUGCUCUGAGGCCACUGCAUGAGGCCGCCUGGGCGAACAUGAUGGAGGAGGCUGCCAGCCAGCUUGAAAGAGAUCAUGUACACAAUGUCUACGACAAGAUUGCUCCAUAUUUCAACGACAGCCGCUAUAAAGCCUGGCCGAAGGUACGGCAGUUCCUCCUGGAACUGCAGCCUGGGAGCAUCGUUGCUGACAUUGGUUGUGGUAAUGGUAAGUAUCUCCACAUCAACAAGGACGUGUUCAAGCUGGGGUGUGACGUUUGUCGCCCCCUGGUGGAUUUUGCCUGGAGCCAAGGACAUGAGGUCCAGAUGUGUGAUGGGCUGCAUUUGCCUUACAGAGACAGCUGCUUUGAUGCUGUGCUUUCUAUUGCAGUCAUUCAUCAUCUGUCCACCAAAGAGCGUCGUAUUCGAGCAAUAAAGGAGAUGGCUCGCACUCUGCGAGUGGGCGGACGCAUUAUGAUCUACGUGUGGGCCAUGGAGCAGAAACGUCGUAAAUUUGAGAAACAGGACAUCUUUGUUCCUUGGAACCCCAAUCCUCAAUUCCUUCCCGGCCUCAACAAACCGAGGAGGAGAACCACAGCACAGAGCGUGAGCGAAGCCAUAGACAACACUGAAAAGCACAGGAAGGUUAGAAGCACAUCCUCUGUGGCAGACGAAGAAGAUCUUGGUCGCACUACACCACAGCAGAGGACACACAAACUGUGGUUCUUCUCCAGGUCUCUUGAUUCUGUGUUCGACUUCGGAAGCUUGGGGAUCUCCCGUUCAUCCUCCAGAGACAUGAGCACUUUAUCUUCACCCACAGGUGAAAAUGAGGGGAACAAGUUCAACCUGAGCGGGAGAGGACGAGGGCUUAUCAAGCAAGUCUCAAGUUUCUUUUCUCCGCCAUCUGUGGUCGGAUCAGAAGAGGAUGUCUUUGUCACAGAGCAGCACAAGGGACCGAAUAAUUCUGGAGGCAAUGGCACCACUAACAACAGCAGCGCAGUGUCUUUAGUCCAGGAGUGUGGCUCUCUGGCUCUACCAGAUCUAGUCUCCUUGCAGGGGGAGGACCUAAAGCAGUCUGGAGAUGAAAGAGAUGGAGGGCUGCUGGGAGAAGAGCUGCAGGAAAGCACACAGAGUCCUCAGGGGAGUGAAGGGCAGGUGGAAGGCUCCUGCCUCAGGUACUACCACGUCUUCAGGGAGGGCGAGCUGGCAGAGCUGAUAGCGAAUCAUGUCGAAGAACUUCAUGUUAAACACACCUACUUUGAUCACGCCAAUUGGUGUGUGGUGGCAGAGAAAGUUCAGGUAUGGAAAAUAUGACCGGAACUUGUCAUAUUUGAGUUCACUUUGCAUCGCCUCUGCCUCAAGUUUUAGCACUGAAUUCCACAUGUGAGAAUAAUGACAUUCUUUUCAUUUAAAUGUGCAAAUGUAGCCAUUGUUGAAGGUCUAUGUAACACUAACAUUCUCCAGUGCUGUAAUUCUCUCAUGAACUAUUUAAAAAUGAGAUUUUUAUCCAUGUAUUUAUUUUAUCCUGGAACCAGCUAUAUGUCAGAGCUUUUGGAAAGCAGCAAAUAGAUAUUUUAUGGAAGUGUUCAACCGUGGCCGUUACUGUAUGUUGUACCAGAUUAUUUUUAACUAUU